AUGCUGUCCAUUCGCUUAAGCGACCGAAUGUUCCUUUUCAGUCUCAGAGGAAGGCACGAGACUGCCGUCAGGUACAGGCGCCGCACCUUUACUUGGCAGGGAGAGGUUCGAGUGAUCCGCGAGGGGUUCGAGGUUUUUGUCAUUCGCACCAAGAGCGUAUUGAUGGUUCGCAUGUAUCCUUCUCGCUUCCCUCGCCGCGACCUUCCAGAUGUCGCUUUGCUUUUCAGUGACAGUCUCAAUAAAGAGAUUGCGGAGCUCUCACCUGGCGACUGGGUGGAAUUCGAGGCUACUAUGACCUUGCACGGCUAUAGAGGCGACCCAGAGCUCAUGACACUUUGGCACAUCCAGAAAGUGGAGCGGCCGGUACCUUUGUCCAGCUCUGCAGGACACUCACACAAAUCAUUGGAGGACCCUUCGCAUCCCAACCGUCAGCAAAAAGAGGCGCCCAAAGUGGUAGAAUCUCCUACACUUCCGCCUGUCCACGCGAAGGAGCCGGAGAAGAGAGAGGAGCCAACGAAAGAGCCGGAGGUUCCUGAAAAGGUAGCAAUCGCUACAGAGGAGCAGAAGAAAGAUGAGCCUGAGGUAAAACCAGCAGAGGCUCAACAACCACCGCUAAAUUCUGAUGCAACGGCAAAUACCAAUGAACCUGGAAAGCAAUAA